AUGACAGCGACAGCCCCACUGCCAAUGGAUUUGUCGCAUCACUAUUCCUACACCACCAAAAAUCGGUUGGCCAGUUUUGUCAAAAGUUAUUACAAGUACUAUGCCAUCCCAGGGCUAGCCAAUUUUGCCGGAGGUUUGCCACAUCUGUCAUACUUCCCCUAUGAUACGCUGGAAGCCAACAUCGCCCGUCCAAACCGCUUGCAGCCGGAGAGUUCCGGGGACUCGAAAUCUGAACGUCUCGUCGUUCCCAAACAAUCCCAGGCCACCGACCUCCAGCAUCGGAUCGACCUGAACACUGCUCUGCAGUAUGGCACGGCGGAAGGCUAUCCGCCCCUGCUCUCGUUUCUGCGACAAUUUACCCGCGAUCACCUUCACCCCAAUGUGCCCUACGCAGAGGGUCCAGACGUUGUUCUAAGCUGUGGCAACACCGAUGGCUUUUCCAAGGCCAUUGAACUUCUUACUAAUAUCUGGAACCCCGACCGCGACUGGAUCCAGCAGCGGGAGGGAGUUCUGUGUGAGCAGUUCGCAUACAUGAACGCCAUCCAGACCGUCAAACCCAGAGGUUUGAACGUUGUUGGAGUGGCCAUGGAUGCACAAGGCAUGUGUGCCUCGGGCGAAGGAGGCCUCGCCGAUGUCCUGGAGAGCUGGGACUUCCGACGUGGUCGUCGGCCUCAUGUUAUGUACACUGUGACUAUGGGCCAGAAUCCUACCGGUGGAGUGUUACAGAUCGAACGCAAGAAAGAGAUCUACGCCCUUUGUCAGAAGUAUGACGUGAUCAUUGUCGAGGAUGAACCAUAUUGGAACUUACAAUUCCCUUCCGCUUAUGAGAUGGAAGCUCAAGCUCGUGGUCUAUCGAUCCCGAGUCCCAGAAUUAAUAAUCUGAACCAUACAUCAUCGGGUUAUCCAUUUUUGGAUGCCCUUGCUCCCUCCUAUCUAUCAAUUGAUACGGAGGGUCGAGUGAUCAGACUCGACACGUUCUCUAAAACCAUCGCCCCCGGAAGUCGACUUGGCUGGAUCACUGCGCAGCCCGCCAUUAUCGAGCGCCUGACUCGCAUCACCGAAUGUUCUACACAGCAGCCUAGCGGAUUUGUCCAAUCCAUUGUCGCUGAGAUGCUCAUGGGGAAACAGGCCGGGGAAACAAAGGCCCGUGCCUCGAAGCUGCAAGACUCUCGUGGAUGGCAGAUGGACGGCUGGGUACGUUGGCUAGAAGGAUUACGGGCAGGCUAUGAGAAGCGCAUGCAAUCCAUGUGCACUAUUUUGGAGGCCAACAAGUUUUUCGUGUCUGAAAAAUCCGAAAUAUCCUCUAAAUCUGCAGGUCAUGUUGAUGGCUGGGAGGUAGUGGAUCGAGUUCAGAUGUUUGAAUUUGUCUGGCCCAAAGCUGGCAUGUUCACCUGGAUUGAGGUUUAUUUUGAAUCCCACCCUCUGGUUUCUCAAUACGGUGCUCAAAGACUAUCCAAGGCAUUUUGGGUCCACCUUACACAAAAGCCGGUCCUGUGCUUGGUUGGUCCAGGCAGUAUGUUUGCCGCAAGUCCCGAGUCUGCCGAACAGGCUUACAAAUAUUUCCGAGUCUCUUUCGCGCCAAUGAAUGCCGAUGAUGUGGCACACUUUACACAGAGACUUGUGGAUGGUAUUCGGUCUUUCUGGCAGCGCAAUAGCCUGGAUGGCUUGGAGAAUGAUGAGACUUUGGAAAUGCAGAUGCUACAGAUGGGCCCAGGAGUUAACCUCUUGGGCAGCGGCUGCUAA